GCAAGGCUUGCAGGCGUGAGGCUCCAGCUGCUGUGCAUUCCCCGUUCCCUGAGGCUCAGCCAGCGCUUCUUCUCCAUGGAGGUGGCCUGAGAGGGACGGCUCCGCUACCCCCCCCGUGCAGGACACCCCCACUCCGUUUCCUAUGCGAUUGCACGAAGGGCGGCCAUACGCCGGAUAGGCUCCCGUUAAUCAUGGGGCUCAUUUUUGCUAAGCUGUGGAACUUUUUCUGCAACCAAGAGCACAAGGUGAUCAUUGUUGGACUUGACAAUGCUGGCAAAACAACUUUACUGUAUCAGUUUCUAAUGAAUGAAGUAGUCCACACAUCUCCGACGAUAGGAAGCAACGUAGAAGAAAUAGUUGUGAAGAAUACUCAUUUUCUGAUGUGGGAUAUAGGAGGCCAAGAAUCUCUACGCUCAUCAUGGAACACCUAUUAUUCCAACACAGAGUUUAUUAUCCUGGUGGUAGAUAGCACUGAUAGAGAGAGACUAUCGAUCACAAAAGAAGAACUGUACCGCAUGCUGGCACACGAGGACUUGAAGAAGGCUGCGGUUCUUAUCUUUGCAAACAAGCAGGAUAUGAAAGGGUGCAUGACGGCAGCUGAUAUUUCAAAAUACCUCACUCUUAGCUCUAUUAAGGAUCACCCCUGGCAUAUUCAGUCCUGUUGUGCUCUUACAGGAGAAGGAUUAUGCCAAGGCCUUGAAUGGAUGACUUGUCGCACUGGAGUGAGAUAACUUAUUUCCACAGAAAGGACUACUAUUUAUUCUGUGACAUUAAACAGUCUCCUCACGUACUUUUUGUACACAGACAUCAGAACACUUGAUUCAUAACAGGUUCAACCUAUCUCUUUGAGCCACACUUCACUUGAAUGAAGUGCUGCUGUAUUGGAAAAGAAUUGAAUAUUUCCAUGAACCACAGACAACCUCAACAAAGAACAUUUUUUUAUUUUAUCUUGUGUUUUAUAGCAUCGCAUCUGUUGUGUAACAGAACAUCUAAAUCAAAUUACACUGCCACUGUUUUUAUACUGGCAUAUAUGUAGCUUUUUUAAACUAAGCAUACUGAAUGGGUCAAAUGUUUAUUAUUUUUAUUAUUUUCUGUGCUGACUGCAUUGGACAACAUAGGACAAGAUAGGACAAGAUAUUGUGCAAUUACAUACUUUUUUAUUUAAGUAUAUUAAACUUUUAAUAAUUUAAGCUAUUCAACAGCAUAUCAAUGUAGUAAAUGAAAUGUUGACUUUUUAACUUUGUGGGUAAAGCAAUGCUAUGCGCGUUGGCCAGGUACUUCAGAAGGUGAUCGGUUUUGACUACUGCUCAUUAACGUCAAUGCUUUCUUCAUAUAACUUCUCCAAUUCACUUAAACGUGGAGCCUAUAGUAGAUGCAAAUUUUUAUGCCUGCUAUUUUUAUUAUUGGAAACAAUUAAAUACACGUAACUCUCCCAAA